AUGAACUCUCUCAAUAUCCUUUCGGGCAUCAGCUCAACACCCCCGCCCAGCCCGCCGCGCUCGCGCGCCGCGUCUCUAAGCGACCAGACCAAGUCGGAAAACCGGUCGCGCUCCCGCGGACGGAAGCCUAGCCACGAUGUCCAGGCCCAUGCGCUGGGAGAGAAGAUUGGGGCAGGCGACGGGGAAGAGGACAAGCUUGGCAACGGGCAAGAUGCGCCGGUAGACGGGAAGACGGCGCUGCUUGGGGACAAAAAGCCAGAGGCUGUAGGCGAUGCCAAAGAUUCGAGCGGGUGGUAUUUUCCCAAACGAAUGGCUUCGGCUUUGACUGGAGCGUUACGGGUGGUGCUGGCCGUUGUCUUUGCGCCAGCCACCUACUUAAUCUCGUGUUUUUACGACGACGACGGCCGCUUCUCCAUCAUCAUGCCGCUCUACCGGGUGGCGCGCAAGAUGCCACGCAGAAAACGAAGACAUACCACGCGCAGGCGAGAUAGCGGUGCCGAGGACUCGAGACUAGACGCUGCGGACGAGCGGGUACGAAGGAAAACAUCGUCACAAAAACCGCAAAAGAGAUCACCAUCGGUAUCGUCCAUAUCGUCAUCGGGCUCGGUAGCGAUGACCUCAGACUCGGAAAGCGAACGGCCACCAACGCGCGACGGCGAACUCGACAGCCCGUCCCGAAACACGCGGUCCAAGUCGUCGGCCAGCGGGGAUGAGAUCGCGCCGGCGCGGCGCUCGAUCCGGAUCAAGUUGCACACCGAGGAAGCGCUGAAGCGCAAAGGGCGCAAAGGGCGCACCAGCAGCGCGGCGUCAGCCAAGCCGUCCGGCAGCGAGCAGCACCUCUCGCCGCACGAGGCGGCGGCCGCAGCGCUCAAAUCCCCCACCAGCCCCGGCGCGGCAUCGAAGCUCAAGUUCCCGCGAGCGCCCGCGCCACCGCGUCCGCUCGUGCCGCGGCGGCAGCCGUCGUACGCGCCCAACGCGGCCAUGAGCUUCGGGCCGCACCCCAAGACGCUGAUCCUGGACCUCGACGAGACGCUGAUCCACAGCAUGGCCAAGGGCGGGCGCUACACGACGGGGCACAUGGUCGAGGUGAAGCUGAGCCAGCCGGUGGGCGCCGGGGGCGCGACGUACGGCGGGCCGCAGGUGCCGAUCCUCUACUACGUGCACAAGCGGCCCUACUGCGACGAGUUCCUGCGCAAGGUCAGCCGCUGGUACAACCUGAUAGUGUUUACGGCGUCGGUGCAGGAGUACGCCGAUCCCGUCAUUGACUGGCUCGAGCUCGAGCGCAAGUACUUUGCCGGCCGCUAUUAUCGCCAGCAUUGCACGUUUCGCAAUGGCGCGUACAUCAAGGAUCUGAGCCAGGUCGAGCCGGAUUUGAGCAAGGUUAUGAUUGUGGAUAAUAGCCCGAUGAGCUACAUCUUCCAUGAAGACAACGCCAUCCCCAUCGAAGGCUGGAUCAGCGACCCCACAGACAACGACCUCCUGCACCUGAUCCCCCUACUCGAGGGCCUGCAGCACGUGACGGACCUGCGCGCGCUGCUGGCGCUGCGUCUCGGCGAGCCGGCCGCCUCGUGA